AUGGAACGUUUGAAGAAGCUAGAACAAGUACAGAGGACGAUACAUGUGCUUCAAUCAAUUGACAUUAUUGACCCUUCCAACAAAAACGCCGAUUCCGAUCGCUUCCUCGCAAAUUUCACCCUCCUUUUGGUACAACAUUGCGGUAAGCUUGACAUUACCACUAAGUGCCAACUGAUUGCUGAACAUAUUGCGAAGAUUUCAACGGCUUAUCUCACAGGAACAUUGCAAUGUGAUAGUGGGGAAGGUGAAAACCAGAUUGAAAGUGCUGUAUCACUGCAUUGUUACCAUAAAGUAGACCCUGAUCCAGUGCAAAGUAUCUCUGAUGGGGUGGCAAUGGUGGGGUUGGAUGCAAUGCUAAGAGCAAGUUCAACCCUAGAAGAUUUUUGCAGGUCAUAUUUUAUGUUCCACAAAUUGGACGCAUACCAGCCACAUUCAAUUUUCAGAUAUUUACCUAUCCUUUCAUUUACUGAAAGUUAUAUUUAUCAGUUGGAUGGUUUAAAUGAGAAGCUACUGCAGCUGCCUACUGGUGGAGCUACUCUUUUGGAUAGAGAUUAUGAUGUAGAUGAACGAAGCCUGAGUUCUACAUCUGCAAGAAUGUUAAGACAUGAUCCCUUCAGACCUCUUGUAAUCGUACUUGAGCAUCAAGGGCUUCUGACAGAAAGGGUUAAAGAAGAACUUACGAGUGGAGAGGAAUACUGGGCUCUAGAAAGAAAGCUAUGUUGUGCACUGAUGAGUGACAAUGAGAUAUCAAUUGAGGAUGCAAUAAGGGCUAUUCAUCUGAAAUCCUUUGACUAUCGAGUGCUUAACCUUCUAUUGUAUCACAUGAGAAGCGAAAAGGUAAAUGAAUUGCAUAUGGAAUUUCUAUCACGUUCAGAGUUGCUUGUGGAAGUAUCAGAUGACCUAUUUGAUUACGAAGAUGACGUUUUGAACAAUAAUUUCAACAUUCUGCGCAUGUUUGUCAGAUACUAUGGAGCUUCUGCAGCACCGGCCAUGCUGGCAAAAUUUAUAACUGAGGCAGAAGAAAAGUACGAUCAGUUAAUGAAAGAAUUAGGUCCAGAACUGUCCCUGAAGUAUCAGAAAAGAUGUGAAGAAGCUACCAAAGAAGGUGGAAAGACGAGUGGUUCUCCUCUUGGAACAUGGCAUUUACCGAUGGUGGUUGAAGAUGAGGUCAAAUAUCGGAAUGAAUGCUCGACUUCAAGGUCGUAA